AAAGUAUGCAGUAAUGGCGGUGGCGCCGCAGUCGUGGCGAACUUGGUAGUUCGUGUUUGUCAUUCGUUGGAGUGGUCUAAAUUGUACAAAACAAUAAUAAAUAAGACGAAGUUGUAGUGUUUGUACUUAAGAUUAUUAUUAUAUGUGAUAAUCAGUGAUUACGUGUAUUAUAUAUUCGUAAAUUAUUUACUAGGUGUGUGUAUUUAUCAGGGCUAUUAUGAGGAUUUGACAGCUUAAGAUUACAACUUGUAGUCAGUAGUAGAAACCGGAUUAAAAUUACAAUAUCUCAACGUGCGGGUGCGGUUAUGAGAUAAUCGAUAAAAAUGAGGAGGUAGAAAAAAGUGGAAAAUGAGUGGAAAUCCCGUAGGAGGGUUGCUGCAACAGCAACAACCCAAUGUAAUGACUCAACUAAAACGUCAAAAACUGACGAACUGUAGAGACAGCGUGCCCUCUGUCCAUGGAAGACCCACGACUUCCCUUAGUAUCAAAACAAGACUCAGCAAUCAUCAGAGAAAUUUGAGCCUCGAUUUUAGGUCUAUGGGUAUUCUUUUACCUCCGGUCACUCAAGUCACAACUACAUCUACCAACCAUUUAACCCACCAUCAUCGUAAUCGCAGCCUCGAUUCCGCCCUUCAACGCAUUCCCGAAGUGGACGUUACCCCUAGCCCGGAAUGUGAAACAGUUAACGCCAUACUAUGUUCCAACGUGUCCAACACCAACGAAACCCUACCAAAGUCGUCUUCCAAACAAAGAAAUGACGAACUCGCGAGUCUCGGUUCGGACGAUUCUGGGAUCUUAUGUGGCUCAGACGCCGGAUCUUCGUCGGAUUCGAACGCCACACGAGAAUCCAGUGUCGAAUACAUCGAUAACAUCGCCGUUACCGAAACCGAAGUCGAAUCUAAAAACACCGAUAACGCACAAGAAGAUAAAAGGACUAAAAAUAAUAAAAAUUCUAGCGGAGAUGCUCCUAAAAGUUCCGGUAUGUUGCGAUUACUCGAAAGCAAAGUGUUUGACGUUUCAAUGGCCAUGCACUAUCUAUUCAACAGUAAAGAACCGGGAGUUUUGUGUUAUAUCGUUAACAAAAUGUUCAGUUUCGAUCACCAUGAAGUUGAUUUCUAUUUGCCUCAGUUAGUGUGUAUGUAUAUACAGAUGCACGACGUUGCCGAAGUCAUCCAUAGGUAUCUUAUUCAUAGAUGUAGAAAAUCCAUAGACUUUUCACUGAAGUGUGCCUGGUUGUUAGACGCUUUCAGUUCAGAUGCGUCUCUACCAACCAAAAAGAAACCUCACGGCGUUAAAUUGCGCAACCUCAUACUCUCCGACGAACUCAGACCAAAGGACCAAAAAGUCAUGACCACUUCUUUAAAUUCCGCCGUCGGAGAUAAACUGACCGUCCCGCAAUAUAUCAAAAAAACCCAUCAGAGAUCGCACAGUGAUGCCUCAGCAUUGUUUCCCGGUUUGAAGAAGGGAUGGCCAAAUACGACGAAACUCAGUUUGGGAGAUUUGAGUUCGGGCAGAGCUUUCGAUAACGGCUGUGUAUGUUUUGAUAGUUGUCAAAACGUAGUUAAUGAUCUUAGGGGAGAAAAGACUGAAUGCAUUUGUUCGGCGCCUAGAUUACGACCCGAACUGGAAUUUAUGCAAGCACUUAUAAUGAUCGGCAAAUUACUUAGUUCAAUACCUACGAAAGAAGCAAAAACAACAAGACUUGUAGCGGAAUUGACAACAUUGAAUUUGAAUCUACCAUCCAGAGUAUGGUUGCCACUAAAUAGUCAAAAUCCCCAUUUUAUCGUUAGGAUACCACCGCAAGUGGCAGCUGUAUUAAACUCCAAAGAUAAGGCUCCUUAUAUUAUUUACGUAGAAGUAAUUGAAGUGGAUGAUUUAGAAAGUUCUCCUGUGCCGCAGAAAAUAAUGCCAACAUUGAGGCACACAAAAUCUGAAGAAAAUCUAAAACAUGAAACUAUCUCCCUUUCAGCUUUCAGCAUGUGUGGAGGUUGUUAUGAUGAUUUAGAUCCUGACUGGAGUCAAGAAGAUGAUGAAAUUUCACAACAGUACACUCAAAUAAGAAAAUCAAUAGACCGAGAUACUAUCUCACAAAUGAGUCAAGAAUCUAGCGACUCUAGAGAACCGCCAAUGUCCAUUCCAGCCAGUGAAAUUCGAAGACGAUUAUCUGACUUCUUUCAUGAGGAAAAAAGUAAACAAUUUACACAUGAUCCAGAAGAUCCUUCUGCUGCAGUACUGAAAGAACCCUGGCAGGAUAAAGAACAGAGAAUUAGAGAAAGUUCUCCAUAUGGCUAUCUAUCAACUUGGAAAUUAUUAUCUGUCAUUGUAAAAUGCGGAGACGAUUUAAGGCAAGAACUAAUGGCUUCCCAAAUAUUAGAGACUUUUCAGAAAAUCUGGGAAAUGGAGCAUGUUCCACUUUGGUUGCAUCCAUAUAGAAUAUUGUGUUUGUCAGAUGAUAGUGGCCUGAUAGAACCAAUAUUGAACACAGUUUCUCUUCAUCAAGUGAAGAAACAUUGUCAAUUAUCACUCCUUCAAUACUUCAUCAAUGAAUUUGGACCUAUAACUUCAGAAGAAUUUCUUACAGCUCAGAAGAAUUUUGUACAAAGUUGUGCUGCUUACUGCCUCAUAUGUUACCUAAUACAAGUGAAAGACAGACACAAUGGUAACAUAUUAUUGAAAAGUGAUGGUCAUUUGAUACAUAUAGAUUUUGGUUUCAUUUUGUCCACAUCGCCGAAAAAUCUCGGCUUCGAAAAGUCUCCCUUCAAGUUAACACCAGAAUUUGUUGAGAUAAUGGGUGGUGAAAAUUCCGAUAUGUUCGAGUACUUCAAAAUUUUAAUUCUUCAGGGUUUGAUAGCGGCAAGAAAACAUCAUGGAAUGAUUGUUACCUUAGUUGAAAUUAUGAGAUCAGGCUCUCAACUACCAUGUUUUAAAUCAGGAGCGUCAACCUUACAAAAUCUUAAGAAUCGUUUUCAUAUGAAUAUGACGGAAGAACAACUUCGUCUGGAGGUCAAUCGCAUGGUAGAAGGCAGUAUCCAUUCACUGUCCACUAAACUGUACGACGGCUUCCAGUAUUUUACCAACGGUAUUCUCUAACUGUGCCACGAUUUCAUUAUCUAGUUGGCAAUUUGUUUUUAGAUGAUUCAACUGUACAGAGUGUCGUUUUGUUCACACAUACAUUUUUAACGAUUUAAUUAAAUAUUUUAUUACUUUAUCUUUAAUUUAAUACUACUUUGAGAACCCUAUGUUCUCCGACGUGCUGCAUACUGUCAUAAAGGACCAAUUGUUUGUUUCAAUUAAUUUAUAAUUGAUUCCAAUGCACAACUUUAAAUUAAGUUUUAUUACUCAAUUAUAUAUAUUUACAAAUUUAAUAUUUCAUUGGAAUCAUUUUAAAAUUGAUUAAGAUAACAUUUUAGCAAUGAAUUAAAGAUUGAUGUAAUAUUAAUGAAACUUUAAUACAUUAUAGUUCAAUGCAGAAAAUUCCUUAUUAUAGGAAAUGAAAUUUAUUAUUGUGCUUCAAGAUAAAAUUUUAUUUUGCAGAAACUGAUUUAAAAAUAGCUAUAUCUUGCAAAAGUGUUAAAACUUAACAUUGUUACAUUACCAGUUUUUUACAUCCUCAUCACAUUCAAUCUACAGAAGUUGUUGACUACCAAUUUGUAUUGAGAAAAAAAAACUAUUGAGAUAAAAGUUUAACUGCUUACUGUUGCCACUUCUUUCUUUUGGUUUUUUAUUUGAUCCAAGCUUCGGAAAUUAUAACCUAAUCUAUGAAUACUCCUUAGAACUUCUGAAAAGCUAGUUAAAUAUCAAAAAAAAUUGUUCUUCAUUGAAAUCGAGUCUGUUUGAUCAAUCCAUUCCAAGCAUUUUCAAACAAAAAGCAAUCUUGCAUUUCUUCUUCUUUUAAGAGACAAUAAAUUACUAUAAAAUUUUCUAAUUAUAAUUCAUUAAUAUAAAUGUCUCUCAACUUAUUAAAGAUGCUCUUGUAGCAAAACUACCGCUCAGUUAUAGAGGUGGAGAUCAACAAGAAACAUUCUCUAUUUACGAAUUGAAUUGAGAAACAUAAAUUGUAAAUGAUACUUUACUCUAAAAAAUGUUAUUCUUCAGUUUUAGAGUUUGAAUUCAAAUUAUGAAAUUGUUGAUGUUGCUUUAUAUGAAUAUAAAUCCAGGCAACUACAUUACUGAUGAUUCUUCAAGUUAUAAUCAAUAAUUUUAACUUUACUAAUUCAUAUUAUUUCAUAUUCAUAUAUAUACUAAUUCAUAAAACUUAAUUUGAAACUACUAUUAUUAAAUUGAGAAUUUGUUACUUUUUUUAAUUUGUAUGUUCUAAUAUAUAGUUGUAUAUCCAGGUCUUUUUAAACUAUUUUUAUUCUAUUUUCUGUUACUCUUGUGAAGAUUUCGUCACUGUCGCCCAAAUUUUACUUUUUUUUGUUCUGUUAGGUAUCCAAAAUUCCUAUGUAAAUAUUGGAGUUUGUCAUAAAAUUGUUUUGAUUAUUAGUAGUUUCGCCUCAAGGUGUAAUCCGGUUUGUUUUAAAUACGUUCUUAUUUAUAUCGCCAUCUUGCUUUUAAUUUUUUUGUAUUACUGUUUGAUUUGUUCCAGUAUUUCUGUAUUAAUUCUAAUAUUCAUCUUUACCUAAUCCUCCUCAAUUACAAAUAUAUUUUUUUAUUUAAUUUCAUUCCUAUGUUUAUAACUGCUGCAUUUUACACACAUUUUUACAAAAUGUUUUCGUGAAGCUAUUGAAUGCAUCAUUUUAUAUUGUUCCUGAAGAAGAAAGCUUAGACUUUUCCAUUCUUAAUACUAUAUUUUCAGUAGAUCCUGCAGAGAUUUGAUUUCUUAUAACUAUAUCAUAGUUGUUUUCAUAAUUUACUGUAUUAUCUAUCUAUCUAUCUAUCUAUCUAUUUUUUCGCUACUAAUAUUUUAUAAAAUUUCUCUCUGGUUCUCUACCAUAGUCUGUUUCUAAGUUUUAGAAAGCAAUACACCUUAUAACAUGUAUAUCACAUCUCUUUAUAUUUUUGCAUUGCUUAAGAUACAUUGGAACAUAUUUAGAGGAAUUGAAUGUAUCUGAUUUUUAUUCAUGGAGUAGUGCAGUUUCACAAUGUUGGUCAAUACAUUACGACAUGGGAUGUAAAAAGCAUAAAUUACUGUGUAUUUUGUAUAAAAAAGACAGUACUAAGAUAUAAUAGUUGGCAAUAUAAACUUUAAAAAAUUGCACACAUAGAAAUAACUCAUGAAAAUACAAAAACAACAAUAGAAAUAAAUGAGAAUUUGAGCUCUACUUACAACUUGAUAAUUUUUUUUCAUUAAUAAAAGCUUAUAAUUCAGUUUUUGUCGCAAACUCGUCUUAAUUUUAGAUCUCUUUUUUUUACCUACUUUAGAAACAAAUUUUCAAUCAGAAGAGAUCUAAAAUAAAGACGGUUUUGCAAAAAAUCAUAUAAAAGGGCCUAAGAAAUUCAGCUUUUUUCCAAUUUUCUAUUUUGCAUCACUUAGAAAGUGUGGUUAUUCCUUUUUUUGUCUUAACAAUACAUCUUUUACCUUUUAGAAUUCUAGACAUUUCCUGCUCAUUACUUAUAUUUCUUUAUCAAUAAUCAACUCAAUUUGACUAAAAGUCGAUGUUAAAUAUAUCAAAAUAAUCUUAUUAAUCACACAUUUGUUCAACGCAAAUACUUCCUCUGUUUAUGUAACCGCGAUAUCAUAACGGAAAUCGUUACAGUAGUCUUAUAUAUAACGUUUUGUUUUAAGCAGCUAAAUAAGUGUAUUUAAGGGUGAAAAUUUUGGUUGAGAAUAGGUGAGUUUCAUAACCCUCAUAUAUUAUAGUAUUACUUUAUUUUCAAAAUGAUGGUUUAUGUGUUAAUAAGUAUUAAAUAUAUUUUGACAAUCCUACAGUAGCUUCUAAAAUAAUAUAAUCAUUUGUUCAAUUGCAAAUGUUGCCUGUCUACGUUGAACUUUAUGAAUUUUUAUUUGUGUUGUUGCGUUUUCGAAUAUUCUUCAAAUUGUAAUUUGCUUCACCUUGACCCAAAUUGGGCAUUGCAAAGUUGUGGAAUUAUUCUAUCCUUAUUCAUCAAUCAGAUUUUCUUCUUAUACAAUUUGUAUGGCAAAAGUUAUUCAGUCUAUUUACAACCCAAAACCCAGAUUUAAGCUUUUUUAAUGCAUUUGAGAAUUUGUCUUCAGUGUAAUAUGAGUAACAACUAAUUAACUAAUUUCAUAUUUUAAAUACCUACGAACAACGUUUUUACGGGUUGUUAAUAUUAAUAUUUUAAUGACGAAAGAACUCUUGUCCUAUUAAUUUUUUUAUGUAGAUUAAGAUUCUAUUCAAUUUAUACUACCUUUGAAAACAAAGCUAACAAGUAUAUUGUAAUAUUUGUAAGUUGUAGACAUUAAGAGUGGUUGAUUUAUAAAUGUAGUUAUUUUUCUUGGGAUGCUUUAAUGAAUCUAAUGGUUAUUUUAUUUUGGUAAUUCACUAUAUACAUUACCAUAUCCAUGCUGUUACUAUCGAAAUUAACAAACAAUUUUGAGUGGUUUCUGCAAAAUAAUAAAAGCACAAUUCUUAGUGUUAAAAUUGAAGUCUGUCGAUAAAUUUGAUUUUUCAAAAUCUCACUACAACUUUGUUGAAGUUAUAACUGUAGGUAUGACUACUUGAGAUCGUCUCACUAGUUACAUAUUAUUGUUAUUAAGAUGCUCAAAGUUUAAAAAAUCAUUAGUAAAAAAUGUAUCAACGGAAUUAUGAAUUUUUUAUUGAUGAUAUAAUGGCGUUUUAUAAUAUAUACAGUGUUAAAACAAAUUAUGAAAUAAAAUUAAUUUUGGCGAUAUUUUAGAUAAUUUCAAAAAUAAUUUGAUUGUUUUAUUACAAUGUCAAAUAUUAAUGCAAUAAAAAUUCGCCAAAAUUUUACGGAUACGACGUGGUUUCAAAAAUUUUAAGUGAGAAUUAAACAAUAAAAGAUCCAUUGUUCAUGAAUUCUGUUUUUUCUUCCUAAAUUUUAAACAGACUCUUUUGCAAGCAACAGCGUCACUCAAAUGGUUUGGUUUCAAAUUAAUGUAAUGGCUUAUAGUCGCUAUUUACCACAUUCAAACAAAUGUCACACAACAAUAUACCCCAUAUAGGUAGAAAACUAUUCGAGUACUACUGGUUUAUCCUGACAUAGAGUAAAUAAUUAUUAUUAGAUGCACUUCAAAUGAUUCAAAAUGCGAACAUUACUUAUAUUACGGUAGUCAGUUAUCACUAAUAGAGUAAUCCACUAUGGUCAUUUGUCAAAUGUAUCAAGAUCUAACUCAUGAAACAUUUUAAACAAAUAAAAAAAUAAUGAUGAUGCCCAUUUAUCAUUUAUAUCAAAUUACAAAUUGUACUUUAUCGUAAUUCAAAUUACAGUUGAGCUGAAAAAAAAUUUAAUUAAAAUUUUAUCAGUUCCGCUUUAUUUCAAGACCUCUGCUUAUUCUCCUCUCUGCUUUCCAUAUUGUCUUAGCUUGUCCAUUUUCUUAUUUUUAAGAACUUUGGCUUUCGCUGUUUGACAGCAGUAGUUAAGUUUCCUCUAUAAAUUCUAUUGUGGAUUGUAUGUCAAGCUAUUUUUAUCUUUAUUUCUCAUUUUACCUUUCUUCAACUCUACCGCUUCAUAAGUGCUUUAUCUUCACCCAUGUUUUAAUUUAAUAUUUUUCUAUUAGAAACCAAGCUUCAUAUCCAAACAAAUGAUUUGAUCUAUAUAUAGUUUUUAAUGGGUUUGUUUUGGAUAUUCAAAAAUUUGUAAAAAUAACAUUUUAAUAUGUUAUUGAGCACUAAUUAAAAUAAUCCAACAAACAAGAUUAUGGAUUUUUUUUUUCAUAUUUUUCUUUCAAAAUAUAUUCAUUAUUUGGACUACCAAAUAAUUUAAAAAUAUAGAGUGAUUUAAUUAUUACAAUUAAUACUGUAUAGGUUCAAAUUUUUUUGAAUGUAUAAUUAAAAUUAAAAUAACGCCAAAAUAAACAAAAUACUAAUGUUAAUAGGGUAUUCACAUAAAUAAUUAAUUAAUAUAUUUAUAAUCUAUAUGGGCUGCGUGUACAUAAACUUUUUAAAUAUAAUGUGUAUAUUUUAAUUAAGUGCAUAAAAAUACUCAAGUCAAUUUUUCAUACUAAAUGCAAAAACUUUUCGAGGCCAAAUAUGUAAAAAAGUGAACGUUUUUUAUGUAUUUUAUUUUGUUAAAUAUAAUUUUUAAAAUAUUAGAUAUAUUUAUUUCUACAUUUAAUUUUAAGCAUUGUGGAUUUAAAACAGUGGUUAUAUCUUAUAUUUGAGAUUUAUUGAUAUUAAUAUAAAACUGUAUAAAUAAAACAUUCCAAAAAAUUCUGAAAA